CAUGUCCUGGUCUCGAAGGGGUACUCGCGCGGUCGCGUCGCGGUAAAUCGCUAGAAGGCAGGUAUGGAAUGCACGACAUUCUCCACGGAGCCCUGUCAAGAAUGAGUAUCGCCCUUCGACUGGCCAGGAUGUCCGCGACUUAAGACAUGUGCCCCCGCAACCAACGACCAGUGGAUAAGCAGAAAUGCGAUCGGGUCGUCAUGGGCGGUUCCCAUUGCCAGGCGUGACACAAGUAGCGAGCUCACCGCGAGCUCGGCGAACGAAUAACUGGGGUGCGGGGAAACAACAACAGCAACUGCUGGGAACAUCGAUCAGGGCGAGUCCCCCCAACAUGCUGAACAAUGGUAAAUCUGGUCUGCAGUCUCUGGCUGGCCAGUCGGAUGGGAUUUGUAUUCCGGCUUCCUGGCAAACCCACGUCAUGCUGUCGAGGCAAGGACAACCGCUUGAAUUGUAUUCGAAAUUUCCAUCUGUCUUAGAACUAGGGGGGUUGAGUCAUCACGUAAGGCCGGUCGGUCUCUCGAUCUGGUGUCAGAUUAUAGCUGACUGUCGGCCAAACAGUCCUAGCUCCUACAAAUUCCAGAAUUCCAUACGCGCCCCAUAUAUUAUUCUCGAGUCUAUACCAUCCCUCGCAAAAAUCUUCCACAAGAAUAAGCAGUAUCGAAAUGCCUCUGGUUUACUAUCAGUGGGUGACGAGGCAGCCGUGAUCGACACGGCAUGGGAUGUUCAUGAUAGAUGACAUCAUCGACCCUUGCAGUCGCAGGCUUCGGGUGGAGACGGACACCCAACCUGCAGCCAUGCCCAUCCGCCAACUCCGACAGCCUAUAAUUGGAAUUUUUCUGCCUAUUUCCUGGUUCUUACUAGAUAUCU